AUGGGACAAGGUGCAUCUUUACCUGGUGGUGGAGACCCCAGCAAAAAGAAAGAUGACAAAAAGAAGGAGAAGCCUAAGUAUGAGCCUCCAGUGGAGUCCAAGUUCGGUAAAAAGAGAAGGAAAGGACCAGAUACCGCCGUAAAAUUGCCCAGCGUUCAUCCAAGCACGAGAUGUAAGUUAAAAUUAUUGAAGUUGGAGAGAAUCAAGGACCACUUGCUCUUGGAAGAAGAGUUCAUUGCCAACCAAGAAGCUUUCCAGCCAACUGAGGCCAGACAGGCAGAAGAGAGAGAGAAAGUUGACGAAGUUAGAGGGUACCCAAUGUCAAUCGGUACUUUAGAGGAGAUCAUUGAUGACGACCACGGCAUCGUGUCAACUACUGCAGGCUCUGAGUACUACGUAUCUAUCAUGUCGUUCGUUGACAAGGGCCUUUUGGAGCCUGGUUGCUCGGUCCUUUUACAUCACAAAACUGUUUCUAUUGUCGGUGUUUUGCAAGAUGACGCGGACCCAAUGGUCUCGGUGAUGAAAUUAGAGAAGUCCCCCACGGAAUCCUACUCUGAUAUUGGUGGCUUGGAAUCACAAAUUCAAGAAAUAAAAGAAGCUGUUGAGUUGCCGCUCACGCAUCCUGAGCUAUACGAAGAAAUGGGUAUCAAGCCGCCUAAGGGUGUUAUUUUAUACGGUGCUCCUGGUACCGGUAAGACUCUCUUGGCUAAGGCGGUUGCCAACCAAACAAGUGCUACUUUUUUGAGAAUUGUCGGGUCCGAGUUGAUUCAAAAAUACCUCGGUGACGGUCCUAGAUUGUGCAGACAGAUUUUCCAGAUUGCAGGUGAACUUGCACCAUCGAUAGUUUUCAUCGAUGAGAUUGACGCUAUCGGUUCAAAGAGAUACGAGUCCACGUCUGGUGGUGAAAGAGAAAUUCAAAGAACAAUGUUAGAGUUGUUGAAUCAAUUAGAUGGUUUCGACGACAGAGGUGACAUCAAGGUCAUUAUGGCCACCAACAAAAUUGAAUCUUUGGACCCUGCAUUAAUCAGACCAGGUAGAAUCGACCGUAAGAUUCUUUUCGAAAAUCCUGACGCUAACACCAAGAAAAAGAUUUUGACCAUUCACACAUCGAAGAUGAACUUAUCGUCAGACGUGAAUCUAGACGAGCUAGUGACCUCGAAGGAUGACCUAUCUGGAGCUGAUAUCAAGGCGAUGUGUACAGAGGCAGGUUUGUUGGCAUUGAGAGAAAGAAGAAUGCAAGUUAAAGCUGAGGACUUCAAGACCGCUAAAGAAAGAGUGCUCAAGAAUAAGGUUGAAGAAAAUCUUGAAGGCUUGUACUUGUAA